AGCUAAAGUUCUCCAUUGUUAGAGAUAGCAAUCACAACUAGCACUUGUAGAUCAAUAACCAUGGCAGCAGCUGCCUUGUGCAGAUUCUUGAAUAUCUGGGUUUUUCUAUUCCUUCUGCUUCCCUAUUUAGUGUUUUCCCUCUCAUUUAACCUGCCCAGUAUCGGUCCUGGCGAUGCAAAUGUCAUCAAACUCGAAGGAGAUGCAUCUAUCACAGAUCAGGGCAUCCAAGUCACACCAGACGAUGAAGCCAAAUCCAAGUUGAAUGACAAAGCCGGUCGAGCAGCGUACGUGGAACAGUUGCACUUAUGGGACAGGGCUUCUAAAGAUUUAGCAGAUUUCACCACCAAUUUCACUUUCACCAUCACUUCAGAUGGUAAUAUUGGCUAUGCUGAUGGACUGGCAUUUUUCUUGGCCAAUUUUUCCACUCCAAUGAAUAGAACUCUCACUCACGGUGGCGGUCUUGGCCUUAUGAAUGAGACUGAAUCAACACCUGAAGAUCCUUUCGUUGCUGUGGUGUUCGAUACAUUCUCACACCUUACCAACGAACCUCGGACGAAUGUAAGUAUCAACAUCAAUUCCAUGUUAGAACCUGUUACAAUCAAACCCUGGCUGAUUGAAAUUCCAGAAGGGAUGUCCAAUACUGCUUCCAUAUCUUAUAUUGCUAGUUCCAAGAUUCUCCAAGUUAAUUUUACAGGAUCCUGGAAAGGCAAUUACCAGACAGACAGCCUUAGCUAUAAGGUUGAUCUGACAAAAAUCUUGCCCGAAUUCGUUAGCGUUGGCUUCUCAGCUGCAACAGGAUGGUUCUUUGAGAAAAACACUGUCAGCUCGUGGCAGUUCGAUUCCACUCCACCGGGCUCAGGCUCGGGCAGUGUUUCUGUGUCGUCGCCAGCUCCAAGUCCCAAGGAAACACACUCAUUUCCACCUCUCCCUGCCCAAAACCAUACUAAUAUUAGUAAUUUAGGCAAUCCUGGAGGAAAGAACAAGAAGAAAGGUCUAGAGAUAGCAGGAUUCAGUGUUGGUGCUCUCAUUUUACUUCUUCUGGUGGCUUUAGCCAUCUAUACCUGUUUCAAGAAGAUAUGGGCAGCAAAAGGCGAUAAUCAGAUUCCUCUUGAUCCGUCAAGGGACGAUACUCAGAGUACUCUUGUUCGGGCAAUGGACAGCGAAUUUCAGAAGGCAGGCAGUGGAGCUAAAAAGUUCUCCUACAGUGAAUUAGCAACUGCAACUAACAACUUUUCAGAGGAGCGGAAGCUUGGAGAAGGGGGGUUUGGUGGGGUUUACUUGGGUUUCUUGAGGGACUUGAACUUGGAUGUGGCUGUCAAGAGAGUCUCUCAGCAGUCUAAACAGGGAGUUGAGGAAUACGCAUCAGAAGUAAAGAUCAUCAGCCGAUUGAGACACAGAAAUUUGGUGCCACUUCACGGUUGGUGCCACGAGAAAGGGGAGUUGCUGCUUGUUUAUGAAUACAUGCCAGGAGGCAGCUUGCACUCCCAUCUCUUCAAGAGAAAGUCACCAUUGAAUUGGAUGCUCAGGUAUAAAAUUGCUCAAGGCUUAGCCUCUGCUUUGUCCUAUCUGCAUGAAGAUUGGGAACAAUGUGUUUUGCACAGGGACAUCAAGUCCAGUAAUGUCCUGCUGGAUUCAAGUUUCAAUGCCAGACUUGGUGAUUUUGGGUUGGCCUCACUGGUUAACCAUGAAAAAGCACCCGAGAAAACUUAUCUAGGAGGGACACCAGGGUACGUAGCCCCAGAAUGCUACUUCACGUUUAAAACUAGCAAAGAAUCAGAUGUCUACAGCUUUGGAAUCGUGGCAUUAGAAAUUGCAUGUGGACGAAAAUCAAUUCUUCCCAAUGUACCAGAAGGUGAGAAGAGCUUGGUGGAUUGGGUUUGGGAUUUGUAUGGAAUGGGAAAGGUACUAGAAGCUGCAGAUCCUAAGCUAUGCGGAAACUUUGAAGAGCAAGAAAUGGAGAGGCUAAUGGUUAUCGGGCUGUGGUGUGCUAACCCUGACAAUACUUCUCGCCCAAACAUAAGCCAAGUUGAGCAUUGCCUAAAAUUCCAAGUACAAUUGCCCAUCCUUCCACCAAAGAUGCCCAAGCCAGCUUACUCUAACAGUGCAGUCUCCUAUCCAGCUUCGUAUUCCUCUAGACCGGAGGUUGAGUCCCAUACCAAUUCCACCCGCAACACACGAUUGUCUUCAUCUUCAGUAUCUGCAGGCUCUUCAACAUCUGCCUCGCUUCCUCAUACAUCCUAAGGACCGCACCAGCAUCUUUGGUUUAUUAGGGAAACUCGUUGCCACUACUAGAUGGUGCGUGUUGAAUAAACUUGUCAUAUAUAUAUGUGCUAGCUUGUUUGUUAAAUAAACAAUGGUAUCUUUGCAUGUGCCGGUUUGGUAAUUUGCUGUUAGUUGUUAUUGUAGUUUUGUGAUUUAACCUUUUGGUUUAUGGCCUUGUUGAAUUUCCGAGAAUAUGUUUCGGAGUAAUGUAAGAUGUUUUAUAAGAGCUUUUUCCACUUUUAGUCCUA